ACUCAUAUGAGAACUCCACGUGUAUGGCCAAAUAGAUCCAUUUCCAUUAAUCCAAACGGCUUAAGUACAUUUUUUUUCCAUCCCCCAACUCUCAAUUUAGUAUAUCAAAAUGGUCCAUCGCAUUAAAAAUGAAGUUUGAGUUAUUGCCUAAGAAGAUGAAGAAAUCUGAGAGGAAAGUAAAGGCCCCAGGGGUGGAACCAGGGUGCAUUAGUAGUAGCAACACUGGUUCACCGAACGGAGCAGCAGCGACAGUGCAGAUCUACAUCUAUUGUCAACCACCACCGCCGGCAGCCCCUUCCAUCCCUUUCGCGGCUCAUCUUCCUUACCUUCUUCCACCGAACAACAACAGCACUCCUUCACCGAUCAGAGCAGCAAUAGGAAUAGAGCAACAACGGCAGAACAGAUUUACAUCUGCUUUAAACCAGCACUGUCAGCAGCCAGUAGCUUCUCCUUCACUGAACAGAGCAACAGCACCAAACAAAGCAACAACAUCGAACAGAGCCACGUCAUCGACCUUCCUCUCCUUCCCAGUGGGCAGAAACAGCCUCUCUUUCAGCCAUCGAACAGAGCAGCCAUCGAAUAGAGCAACAGCACCUUCCUUUCCUUCAUGCACUUAACUGAGCAGUAGCAGCAGCAAAAUAGAUCCUCUUCUUCGCAGCAUAACAAAGUAGCACUUGCUUC